AUGAGCGCAGAGCUGUUCUCCGUGGGUUUUGAUCCAGGAGCGGGGACACGGAGACACGGCGACUUGGAUACGAGGACACAGAGACACGGGGACACGGAGACACGGGCGCCGUCACGAGCGGACCGCCCCACCGCUAUCCUCAGAGCCAGACCCCCCUCCUCACUGUGGGUGUGGAGCCCGGGGAACACAGGCCUCUCCUGGACACGACCCACGGACACGACCCACGGACACGACCCACGGACACGACCCGGGAGGCAGCCACGCGCGGCGGAGAGGGAUCAGUGA